GUGCCCGAGAGAGCCGGAGGCGGGGAUUUGGGAGCAGCUGUAGUGGUUGCGGGGGGCCGGGGCGGGCCCGUCGAAGAAGAAGAAGAAGAAGAGGAGGAGGCCGGCUUCAGCUUGUCCGGAACCUUCGGCGGCCACGACCUCGCGAGCGCCUGGGCCCGAUCGCCGCGAUGCUCUGGUUCCAGGGCGCCAUUCCCGCCGCCAUCGCGUCGGCCAAGAGCAGCGGCGCCGUCUUCGUGGUGUUCGUGGCAGGUGAUGAUGAGCAAUCUACACAGAUGGCUGCAAGUUGGGAAGAUGAGAAAGUGACAGAAGCAUCUUCAAACAGUUUUGUCGCUAUUAAAAUCGAUACCAAAAGUGAAGCCUGUCUGCAGUUUUCACAAAUCUAUCCUGUAGUAUGUGUUCCAUCAAGCUUCUUUAUUGGAGACAGUGGAAUUCCCUUGGAAGUAAUAGCAGGAAGUGUGUCUGCAGAUGAACUUGUUACCAGAAUUCAUAAAGUUCGACAGAUGCACUCUUUAAAAGGAGAAACAUCAGUAGCAAAUGGCAGCCAGUCAGAAAAUCCAGUUUCUGUUCUAUCCAGCUCACUUGAACUGAACACUUCUGAAAAUGCUCAGUCCAGAAAUGUAGAACUUUGUGAGACAUCACCCACUACUGAUGAUACAAAGUCAAAUUCUGAAGCAGGAGGAGAAAGUUCAGAUCAUGCUAUGUCGCCUCAGGAACCUAGUGGAUACACAAAUCAAAGACCAGAAGAGAACCUCAACUUCAAAGUAGAAAGAUUAAACAAAAAACUCGAAGAAAGAAGAGAAGAGAAAAGGAAAGAAGAAGAGCAGAGGGAGAUUAAGAAGGAAAUUGAAAGGAGAAAAACUGGAAAAGAGAUGUUGGAUUACAAAAGAAAGCAAGAAGAAGAAUUAACAAAAAGAAUGUUAGAGGAAAGAAACAGAGAAAAGGCUGAAGAUAGGGCAGCUCGAGAGCGUAUUAAACAACAGAUUGCAUUGGACCGUGCAGAGAGAGCUGCUCGUUUUGCAAAAACUAAGGAAGAAGUAGAAGCUGCCAAAGCUGCUGCCUUACUAGCCAAACAAACAGAAAUGGAAAUCAAGAGAGACGCUGCUGCAAGAGAAAGAAGCACUGUGGCACGAAUUCAGUUUCGUCUUCCUGAUGGUUCUUCCUUCACAAAUCAGUUCCCUUCUGACGCUCCUCUAGAAGAAGCAAGACAGUUUGCUGCACGGACUGUUGGCAACACUUAUGGCAAUUUUUCACUAGCAACCAUGUUUCCCAGGAGGGAAUUUACCAAAGAAGAUUAUAAGAAGAAAUUAAUGGAUUUGGAACUUGCCCCAAGUGCUUCAGUAGUCCUGUUGCCAGCAGGAAGACCAACUACUUCCAUGGUACAUUCUUCCAGUGGAGAUAUUUGGACAUUAUUGGGAACAGUACUUUACCCAUUCCUUGCCAUUUGGAGGUUGAUUGGCAAAUUCCUGUUUAGUAAUCCUCCUGCACAGACCUCAUCAAGAGCAACAGCAUCAGAAACUUCGGCAUCUAGCCACUCAGAGAAAAGGGAACCAGUGAGAAAAAGAGUGUUGGAGAAACGGGGGGAAGAUUUUAAAAAAGAGGGUAAAAUAUAUAGACUGAGGACUCAAGAUGAUGGUGAAGAUGAAAACAACACUUGGAAUGGAAAUUCUACUCAACAGAUGUAGUGACAAGUACAAUAUGUGCAAUAAUCAUUGUUUCUCUGAUGAUUUAAUUCAACUAAAAUUUUACUGGAGAAGUGGGACUGCUUUAUAUUUUUCAGCCGAUCUAUAAAGUCUCCUUAUUCCUGCUUAGUGGGUUAAAGUUGUUUAACUCAGACGUGUCAAGAGAUAAAAUAAUUAGCUGCUAGGUCCUUGCAUAUGGUAACCAACUGCUAGAAGCUUAAAGGAAUCAGAAGGUCUGCUGCAACCUCCCCUUCUCAGCUUUCUUACUCAGUAUUUCAUACACCCACUAGCCCUAUAUUCUCAGAUAAUAUGUUUUGUUUAGAGCUAAUUUGCUCCAGAACUCUUAAGUCCAUUCUUCAGUAAAUGGUAUGUCCCUGAGAAAGUUUACUGAGUCAGAGCAUUUUAACUAGCCAAUCAGAUAAUUUAUGUUUAACAUUCUUCUUUUUGCUCAUCAACUGCAAGCAAAACCUUGUAGUUUUUAAUCUUAAGCACUGAAUAAAAAAAUGUUUUCCAAAAA